AUGACUACGACUACAUUACGUGCGGUUACACAUCGCUUGGCCACUACGCCCGUCGAGCAAUUGCCCUCGAUCGCUGCAUUCCUUGCGACUUCGUUGAGUGAUUGCGCCGAGCUUCUCUCUGCGCCCCAGGCUCAGAAAUCAGGCAAAACGGAGUCGGACCAUUCCGUGCAGAUUCAUAAGCUGAAGACUCGUCUGGCUGCUUUGCUGCAGGACCGCACCAUUGAGGGACGAUGGACCGCCGUGGUGCUCGUGAAAGCCACCGUUGAGGCGGGACAAUGGGAGAUCUUGCGGGGCUAUGAGCCAAUUGUUCGAGGCUUGAUCAGCAUUCUGGCGAAACCGGAUCCCAUUUCCACAAGGAAGAUGGCCAUGAUCACCUUGACGCGCAUCUUCCAUCUUACCUACCAGUAUCCGACUCUGGUCAGAGAGAUAACGACACCCCAUCUACCUGGGUUUAUUACCGCUGCUCUCAACUUAGUCUCGGUCCUCACUAAGCUACCCUCGGGAUCGACUCGCAAAGUGAAGCCCAACACCCCGUUUAUGGAGAUCGUUCUCCAAGUCUGCUUAGAAUUGGUUCCUCGGCACCCUACCAUCUUCCGUCCUUUUGGUACCCAGCUCCGAUCAUUGCUGACAGAGAUUCUGGGCUCCUCAACCUUGUACUUCCCCGAUCCGGUGAUGGAUGUCGCAGAGCAACUCUUUGCCUCUCUGCAUAAAUGUGCGCCAAAGGAUAAGGCUGGAUCCGGUUGGACUGAAGACUGUAGAGCGACGGUUCUGUCGAUCCACCGAGCGGCUGAUUAUGUUUUCCGUGCAGUGGUAGAGCAAUGGGAGUCAGUUGAUGGGGGUUUGGUUUCGGCACGACAGAACUACACCCAAGAGCUAGCCGAUGAUAGCUCCGAUGCGCUGGGGCUUGCCAGUUGGGAAGGCAUGCAUGCUGGAUCUGAUAGAUUAGUUACCUUGUUGCGACUGCUGUCGAACUUCGUCUCCAUGCCAUCCACGGCUACCGUUGCCCUCCCGUUGGGCUCAAUUCUCGAUGUGACAUCGCGUCUCACGUCUGUGACCGCGCCUUCGGGUGAGGGUACCCGAUCUGGUGUGCAAACCAACCCCCAAAUUGGCCGUGACGAGCGGGAACUGCUAUGGGCUGAAUUGCCUCGCAUUCACAUUGCUUGUAUGGACUUGCUUGCACAUGUCACCAGUGUACUUGAGACCAGCGCCACACCCAUCACCCAGAACAUCCUGGAACAAAUCACCUGGGUUUUCCGGAACGAAAACACCAGCCGGAAUGUGCGCUUAGCCUCAUAUUAUCUGCUGAGCACAGUGGUAUCGCUCAAUGGCCCUGCUAUGUCCAAGCAGAGUGUGACCUCUAUCUCCAGCGUUCUGCGCGCCUGCUGUCAUGAUCUCCUGCCUUCGUCUGAUGACUCGGGCCCUCAAGCCAAGCAACAAUCCGAUGCUAAGCCCAAGACCAAGAACGGUCAAGCCACUGCUAAUGCAGACUCCUUCUUGAACCCUGACCUUCAAAAGAACCGCAAAUCGCAAACAUCUCAAUUCGCUGAGCUAGAACGGGCUGCCUCAGGCCUCUUGCAGACUGUUUUGGCAUCUGUUCCCCCGCAGCUUCUUGUUGGCUCUCUCCGUGCUGAAAUCGACCGCACAAUUAUUCUGGUUUCCGACAAGGAUGCUAUGCUUGCAAGUGUUCUGAACCCCAUCCCGGCCACCAAGGGCCGCGCUGCGGGUGCCAGUAUCAUACCUUUCUUAGUUCAGGGAUACGCCGAUAAUAUGGAAGUCGAGGCUCUGGUCCGCCCUAGAAUGCCAGUCCUGAUGACUGCUCCGGAGCUCGACGCUGAUGCUGAGGCAGAGGACGAGCAAGAUGCAGACGAGAUGGCCGACGACGAAGUGUACAAUGCUGCUCCCGAAGCUGCCGACUUCUUGAAGGCUCCGGCUCCUGCGCCGGUUGAAGCGAAGACUACAACUCAGGUCCCAAUGCACAAACGGACUUACGUUGAAGAGUCGAUUAUCCAGACGCCUAAUUUCCCAGCGCCCAUGGAGCCAGGUCAUUCCAAGAAGGCUCGUUUUGAAGAGAGUGCUAACCAGCAAUUCCCUGUUGUCACUCGGGCUGAGACAUCUGCGUCUCAAUUGGCUGAAGCCGAUGCACCUGAGCGAAUGCAACCCCAGGUUGUCACGUCCCAGGCUCAAGCUGUCCCUGCCGCCCCUGCCGCCCCUGCUGCCCCGUCACCGGAGGAGGAAAGCGAUGAUGAAAUGCCCACUUUGAACAUGGAUUCUGACACUGAUGACGAGGACGAUGAGGAUGUCAACAUGGAGGGAUAG